AUUUUAUUUGUUUAUACUGUGUUUUGACUUUCAUUUGACACUGGAGUCUCCGAGAACAACAGUGAUGGCUGACUGUCAACACUAGACGGGGAUGUGCAGCCCCUUCGCCUUAUAGCAACCUUAUUUUGAGCUGAAUACUAUAGAUAUACGAGCUUCAGUUGUGUGUCCUCAUCAUGUCCACUGACCCAGCCACAUUUGUGGCUGGUGUCCCUGUGAAGAUUAGUGAGAAGUAUAGGCCUCCACGGAAAAUAAGUCUCCCAGCCUCCUGCCAGCACCAGAUUAACUCAGAGCUCCUCACCCAAGAUUAUGAUUUCGCUGUGGAGAAAACUACAAUUCAGUGGGUGCAGGAACGAAGAAAUAGGAUAGAGAAAGAGGAAAGAAAGCGACAAGAAAGAAUAGCUAAAUAUGAACAGAAGAAAGCAGAAAUUAAAGCAAAAGAGGAGGAGGAAGAGAGACUGAGAAAAGAAAAAGAAGAAAUUAUUAAACAGGAAAAGGAGAAUGAGAGACUCAAAAAGGAGGAGGAGGAAAAGAGCAGACUGGAAGAGGAAGAGGAUAUCAGAAGAUUGGAGGAAGAAGUAAAUCAGGAAGAACAAACUCAGGAAACAGAAAAGACAAACAAAGAUGAUGCUGAGGAAGUGACUGCCACCACCAACGCUAGCCAAAUGGGUGAGAUAAAUGGUAAUGACUCAAUAGCAACAAGUGGCAUUAAUCAGAUUAGUCCUGAGGUUGCAUCACACGAAGCUCCACAGGCUUUUUCCGCUUCCACAUCUGAAGAAACAAGUUAUUGUUCAAGCGGUGUAAUUAACAAUGCUAGCAUAGCUUGCAGAACUGAGACGACUAAUGUAUCUAAUAAUGCAUCAUCUUAUGGCCUUAUGCUUCAACCAACACCAUUUCCAUCUAAUAAGUCUGUAAGGUCUCCCUCUAAAACACCAGCUAAUAUUAAUUUUGCUGACUUUGAAGGGGAAGGUAAUGAUCCUUUUGACAGUGCCGCUUUAAAAUCAAUCAAUGAUAUGGAGGAGCUUGCUAAAGUACUUGAUUCAUCACACAUCACUCAAAAACCUGUGGAAGGAACAAACUCUGCACAGGCUCCUACUAAGGAGAGCCAAACAUAUCAUAAUGUAUACCCAAAUGGACAAUUAACAUAUGGUGCAUUUGGACAGUAUCCAUACUUCAUGCCUCCACAACAGCAGCAUCUGCAACAAUCAUUACAACAGCAGAAUAUGACACAGCAGAGGCCAGGGUUCCCACAGUAUGGAAAUCAUUUGGCUAAAAAUCCUCAAGUAACCCAAACAUCUUCCACACCUUCUUCAUCAGAUCCACAAUAUGCCAAGGAUCCUGCCAGGACUUUCCAAAACAAAUACUAUCCUCAGCCUUGGGGGAGUGGAUAUAAUGUAAAUAGUCCAAGCAAAACUGCACAGUUUGUGCCUUAUGACUAUUGCCUCCAAGCUGCAAAUCUAGCCAAUAGUAUAUCUAAUACAACACAAGGAGUAAUGAGCCCAAGUAAUAACACAGGGAAUGCAUCGACUCUUCCUACUUACACUAGUGGUGGUGGUUCUACUGUGCAGUCCGUUGACAGAGGAUCAACAGUUAGUAAAAGACAAGACUUGGAGGAUUUCUAUUCAAAAUAUUACUUGCAUAACAAAUGCCAUGUUCAACAAAAUCAGCAGUCUGGAAUACAAUCAGGUGAGUCAACACCAAGUCACAGCAGCAGUUCUGGUGCUGCGGGAUCAACCACUGGGUCGCUGCGGUCUUGUCGGAGUGUGCCAGACUUGACUGCAGCUGAAGAUUCAGAAGUAACUAAAUACAGCAGUGGUCUGCAGUCCCAAAAUGAAAGUCGAGGAGUCUCACAUACACCACCUCCACGCCCUUCAAGCACAGGACUUACUGGCCUGGAGGAUUGGAAACCUCUGCCAGAUAUUUCAGGAUUAUCUGAGAUAUCAUCCAAUCAACACCUUUAUCAGUCUUCACCUGUCCAGCAUCCAGCCAUCUCUUCCCUACACACUCCAAUCAAGUCCCGCCUUCCAGACCCCUUUGGGGAACUGACAACAGAUGCUCAGGCCUUAGUCCAGAACAUGGCAGAAAUGGGCUUCCCUCGUCCCCGAGUAGCAAGAGCUGUUCAAAAACUUGGGACAGACCACAAAAAGCUUAUUGAAGUUUUGUUAGAGCUGCAGUCACUUCAAGGGAAUGGAGAAGAUGGCUACAAAGCAGAGCGUGCAUUUUAUCAUUACAUGGGAGAUAUACAGAAAACAAAAGAUCAUUUGGCAGCUGCAAAACAACUUUUGGAUCUUGGCUUUGAAGAGGAGCAGAUUGUGGAUGCCCUCCUGAAGCAUGACAAUGACCGUGAUAAGGCUUUGGAGGAACUCAUUGCUUAGGUAGCAGAGCACUUCAGAGACACCCACACCAUUGUUACUAUGUGCAUACACUCAAUUUCAGUGUAGUAGCCUGUGAGGUGAGUGUGGUCUUACAUGCAUCCCCUUAAACAAUGAGCCUGCUGGUGUCUGCUACAAGCAGCUACGUAUAUAUACGUAGUUUCUCAAAUGUGAAAAUAUUACUGAGGUAAUUUUUUUUACAAUUAAGGUAUAUUAUACUUUUAUAUGAUUUUCAAGAUAUAGUAAUUUUUAAUAUCAACAAAUCUUCUAUGAAGAUUUAUAGUCUUGUCAUAUUGAAUGUCAUGCUAUAAAAUUUAUACCAAGCUCCUCAGAUUCCACCCAGAAUCAGGAAAGUGUAUAUAAUUAAAAAUUAGGGAUAAUUGUACUGUAUGCAUCAUGAUUCAAUAAGGUACAUUAUCUUCACUGUGCUUCCUGUUGCUUGCCUUUCAUUAUGCAUGUGUACACAAGACACCCAACUUGAACCACAACAAACGAGGCUUAUUAUCUUAAGAGGUGCUACUUUCCUCAUUGAAAGAAAAAUAGAAUGAACAAAACUGCAGCUCUUAAGAAACAUUACAUUCACCUAGAAAAAGUGACUCACAGAAUCACUGAUAUUUCCACUGCAAGAAUUGUUCAUAGUUUGAUCUGUUUCUCAAAAUAAGCAGAAAUUCAUGAUUUUUCUUGAUCUUUAUUAAUUUUACAUCCACUCUGUACUAUAUCAAUAUUAUAGGACAGUAGUUUGGACAAAGUAUUUACUUGUUUAAAUGUCAUCCACAAACAUUCACAAUUUUACCUAAUAAUUUGACAAAAAACAGUCAUCUUGUAUAAUUAAUGCAGCAAUUUGUAUGAGAGUUAUUCAUCAGUAGACUUGAUAUUGCCCUUUUAGGAUUACAUGUUUCUAAAAGACAAGAAAUGUGUAAUCAUAAUACUGGCUGGCAUACUAAAUGCUAUGAGAAUGAGUGAUAAGACUAAAAAAGAAAAAAAGAAAUAAAUUAAUGAAAAAAAGAUGGAUGAUCAUCAAUGAAAAAGUAAUAAGGUGGUUUGCUUACUGAGGUAACAAAACAUAGAGAAAGGUGAAAGAAAGAGUGCAAUAUAUAGAGUUGUGCCAUUCAGUGUGUCAGGCACCAGGUUUAGUCCCUCAUUCAGGUUUCUGAUAGACCAUUUUAAGUCCCUCAUUAGAGGCAGUCAUUGAUUCCAAGCAGUUGUUUAUUACUGACAUUCCCUAUGUAUGAACUAAUUGAAUUAUUGUAUACCAUUGGUUAAAAAAAGUUAAUCUGGCUACCGUUUCCUAUAGAUUUGUAUUUUGCAUUAGAGAUGUGUUCCUACAAAAGUAAAGGAUUUCUCUAGAAUGUUAUAACACACAAGAGAGAUACAGCAUUUAACACAUUUGUGACACUAUAGUCUUCCAAGUCUAAAUGCAGUUUUCUGGCAUGGCCAGUCAGGGGAUUCACGGCAUUCCAGCACUGCCUGACCUGACCUGAGGCUAGCAAGUGGCCUCACCUGUCUGUCUUGUGUCAAUGAGUGUUGCCAUUUGAAUGAGUUUUAUAUUUAUAAUACUCACUUUAAUCAAGAAAAUAUCUCAUUGUAUUGUUAUAGUUCUUCAUGUUGUCUUUUGAACAGGUUCAUUAUACUACCACCAUUACAUGUGAUCUUGCCCCAUAUUGUGUCUCACAGGUAAGCAGAGGCUUGGACAACAAUGAGUGUUGCCAUGUGAAUGGAGUUAACAACAUUUUAUCUUAUAUACAAAAUACCUCACUCAUUCAUUUUGUAUUUGGAACACAGUUAUUGCACCAUUUGUCUUACUGAGGACUAUGGUGAACGUUGAUAAAGAUUGUAAUGUUUUUACACAGGAUUGCUGGUAUUUGUUAUUGUGAUAUGAAUAUCAUAAGCAUGGAACAUUAACUUUUUUCUAUUUAUUAUUUUUUAUUUGAUGAUGUUGGAUUUUCAUUAAAGCAUUUUAUGUCUCUUACUUAUUUACACAAAGCUAUAAUUCACUAGUUGACAUAGACUUGGCAGCGCUGGAAGGCCAGGAAUUCCCUAAAAGGCCACAUCAAUAAACUGCAUUUAGAUUUGGAAGACUAUAGGUUAAGAACAUUAAAACAUAUACAUACAUGCAUACAAUAUUAAUAAAUGUUAAGUACUUUAUUAAUCUUAUUAAUCUGAGUUCUUGUCUCAUUAUAUUUUUCUAUGCUGACUUGAAAAGUUAGUAAGAUUUUUGUACAGAAACUCCUAGCUUUACAUUUAUUAUGAACAGCAAACCCCAAAUUUAAUGGACUAAUAGAGGAGAUAUUUUGAUGGCAAAACCAUUAUACUGUAUUGCAUUUUUUUAUUUCAUCAAAUGUAAAAAAAAAAAGCUUUAAUUCAAUAUACCAUACUGUAGAAUAUGAAAUGAUUAAAUUAUAAUGCAAAA